GAAUAAUUUUCAAAAAUUAUAAAAUUUGUUGUUAAGGCAAAAUAGGCUUAGAAGAGGCGGAGAAUUUGUCAUUUGCCUAGGGCGAUAAAUUGUUUUGGGCCGCCCUUAUAUUGUACAAUAUAUUUUUUUCUAUUUAAUAAACUUACUAGUGCACUGUAGUAAAAUAGAAAAAAUAUUAGUAUAUAUGUAUGUAUGUAUAUACUUAUGUUUAUGCAUUAGAUUUGGGCGUAGAGCUAACAGUUUAGUUCCAAUGUUAGUCAUACCGAAUUCAUUUUUAUAUUCCGAUCCCAGUCAUACCGACAUUUUUCAAAAAUUUCUCCAUAUCUAUCGCUCAAUAAACUAAUGAAAUAUUUUGCUUUAUUGACCAUGGGAGUAUUUUAUCGUAUAUAUAUAAAUACUUCAAUUUAUGUAUAUUGUUGCAACCCUUCUUAACACACAAAUAUAUGUGAUUUUUGUAUAAUGAAAACAAACAUCAACCUGAUGAACUCGCUCAUGAUACUAAUACUCUUGUAAAAAAAAAUUUCAAUUUAAAAAACAAAAUAUUUAAUUACUAAUUUUUAAGUUUUUAAAUUAAAACCCCGAGUUGUAUAAAAUUUUUAUUAAUACUUUAUAUUUCGUCUAUUUAAUAUAUGCAUAUAUAUUUAAUUGUUUUUUAUUAAAAAAGUGACCAAUUAUAUAUAAUACGGUAAAAAUGCCUAUAUACUUAACGUGACCAUACGUCCGGAUUUGGGCGGGACAGUCCCAAUUUGAAGCUGUCUGUCCCACUGUCCUCUAAGAGACUGUAAAUGUCCCGCUUUCGCCAAAACUACAAACUAAAUCUUCCAGUUUUUUUUAGAAACGUCUCAUAACGACAACUCUGUAACCACAGCUGAUCAUGUCAGCUUUGCCAAUAUUACAAUUUGUCAACUUUGCCAAAAAACAAUUAAUUAAAAUUAAUUCGUGAGCAUUAUAUUGAAAAAAAAUGCCUAAACGCAAGUGUACUAUUAAAAUAACUUUGCAAAAUAAGUGCCCUUUUAUAAAACAAAGAAGUGGGUCAGCCGUUGUUACGUGCGAAAAGUGUUGUGGUGAUUUUAAUAUUGGACUUGGCGGCGGUUGCGAUUUUAAGAAACAUUUACGCUCUGAAAGACACAGGCGUUCUGAGCAAGCUGCCGCUUUAAGUUCGUCAGUGCAACAUUUUUUAAAAGAAACGAUUUGCCGUUUUCGAAAGAUUUAGAUAUACUUAGCUGCUGCAGAGAGUGCCUGGGCAUACCACACGGUGCAAGAAAACCAUAGUGUUCGUUCGAAUGAUUGUGCCACAAACCUAAUUCAGACUUGCUUCGAGCAAAAAUUUAGAUAUGCCCGUACGAAAUCACAGACCAUAAUUGUAAAUGUGUUGGCGCCUAUGGCAAUGGAGGAGCUAAAAGAGCAGCUGCGCGAUGCCCACUUCAUAUCUUUAUCAACAGAUGCUUCCAACUAUGGAUCAAUAAAAUUAUUUCCCGUUGUAGUAAGGUACUUUUUUGCACAGAGGUAAAAAUUUUAGAAUUUCGAGAACUGCCAAGAGAAACAUCUGAUUUAAUUAUCAACUAUUUGAUGGAAGUAUUAUGUGCUAAUGAUUUGGUCAAGAAAAUUGUUGCAUUUUGUGGGGACAAUACGAAUUGCAAUUUUGGAGGAAAGAAUAGAAAAGGGGCUAAUAAUGUCUUCGCAAAACUGAACCAAAGGGUGGGAAGGCAGCUCAUUGGAAUCGGAUGUGCAGCUCAUGUAGUUCACAACGCUAUAAAAACAGCCGCAGAUUGUCUUCCUGUUGAUUUUGACUGCAUCAUUGUAAAAAUCUAUUCAUUCUUCUUUAUCUACAGUAGAGCCUAUAUCUACAGUAGAAGCCCUGAAAGAGAUUUGUGAUUCCAGUGAUACAGAAUAUAAGAAGCUGCUGGGUUACAGUAAAACAAGAUAGCAGGCAUUAAUGCAUUUUAAAGAUGUUCUGAGUUGUGGUUAUAUUUUUUACACGCACAGGCAGCUUCUUUCAAUGACGUUAUUUUAAAAAUCGAGGGGCAAAAGGUGUCAGCGACAGAGUCUGCAAAUGAAAUUAGCCGUCUACGAGAAAACUUAGCACUUAAAGCAGACUUAAUUUUUCUUUCUCUGACAGUUCAUAAUCUGCUAGCAAAUUAAACGAAAACGGCGUUGCUGUAGAUGUGAAAGAUAUAAAAAGCGUUGCUGUCGAAUUUUAUAAGACAAGUAAAUAACAUUUAGAACAAUGGUGUCAGUACAACAAACAGUUAGUGGUGUUUAAGUGGUCAAAUUUGACAAAAGUGCCUUCUUGGUCAGAAGUACAAAACGUUAAAGACUUGCUUAUUGUCCAAGGUUUUAUUAACAUCAACCAAGAUACGGCAGUGUUCACGAAUUUUCGCUUAUUACCAGCUAUGUUACAGAUGAAAAGAUCAGAAGCUGGAACGAUGGCAAUGUUGCUACUGAAGACCGUUGGAUGGAAUUGUUCAAACACUUUCUUGCUAACAAUAUCAACUGCACAAAUUUUCGCAUAAAUAUUGAGUAUGUUCUUUGUAUGCCUGGAAGUAAUGCACCUGUCGAAAGAGAAUUGUCCCUAAUGAAUAAAAUAUGGAAUAGCGAAAAAACUCAGACAAGUUUCAAAACUUUGAAAGCCAUUUUGAUUACUAAGACUAAUAUCGAAAAAUCAUGCAAUUAGCUAAAUUCCUACUUGAAAACUAAACCUGAUAUUUUCAAACUGAUUUGCUCCACUGACAAAUAUAAAACAACUACAUAGACUUGAGAUAAAUUCAAAAAUGGAAUAAUAACGUAGUACAAUAAAUGUAGACCUCUUGUUUGCUAAGCAUUAAUACUACUACAUAAUUACUAUGUACAAAUAUGUUGUACUGUUAUCAUAUUGCUCUUGUACAAAGUCGUUAUGAGUUUAAGUUUUCUUACAAAUAAUCACAACACUAAAAAAACAACAUGAUCAACAGCGCAAACACAGUUGACUUUAAUGUAAUAAACCAUGGUAAAGUUAUACUUCCACACAGUUUAGUGCCAUUGGACAAAUGCAAACUAGUACACACUUCGAAAAUACCUCAAAGUGACGGCGAAAGAUUUACUACGUCAUAUGCAAUACAAACCUCUAUUAAUCCCUACACUUACACCGUCGAUAAUAAGCCCAGAGGUGAUAUUCAAAGUGCCGAGACCAAAGACAUUCACAUGCAGUCGCAACGUGUACAUGUCCAGCAUCUGCAAACACAUCCCAACAAUCAAUGGAUUUAUGAUAAAUAUCACAACUUAAACACUGAAAGAGAGCGGACUACGCCAAAUUGUAUAACUAAAAUAAAUCACAAUAAUAACGUAAUUAGAAAAGAAAGUGCCUUUAGUUUAAAUAGCAGCAGCAAGUGCAGCGUCAGCAAAAACUAUAUUAAUAAUAAUAGCAACAACAACAACAACAGUAAUAAUAAUAAUAUUAGUAACUUCCCAAAUACAUUCGAAAAUGUAGAAUGUGAUAAGGACUUAGUCAAUGAUAGCAUGAAAAAGUCAGUUCGCGGAGUCAUUGCUCAUAUGGGUUCAACCGAUAGGCGCACGGCGUCCAUUUAUAGUACUGAUUACCAAGAAAAUGCCUUUCACCGCAUCGAAGAUGUGCACAAUUAUGCCAAGAUGGACCGUUAUAGCUAUUCGAAUGAAAGUAGCAAUAGCAGUAUACAUGAGGAGGACAAUGAAGACGAAGAUGAGGAUUUAGAUGAGGAUGACAACAAUGAUGAUGCCGCAACCAACUACGAACGUUAUCUGAGGAAAAGCAAGAAUUUAGCGGCAAAGCGAGUGAAAUGCUAUGAAGAUUUUAAUAUGCAAAUCACCAGAUUGGAAACGGAGGAGACUGAACUAAAUGUUGAUGUAGAGACUGUGCACAAAGUGCCGAAUGAAACAACUGAAGUGGCGAUGCCUAGCACACCAGACCAUCAUGCGCGCCGACCGAUGAAUGCUUUCUUGAUAUUCUGUAAACGCCACAGAGCCAUAGUCAAGGAACGGUACAGAUCUUUGGAAAAUAGGGCUAUCACCAAGAUACUUGGUGACUGGUGGGCUUCCUUAGAUGGCACUGAUAAGAAAUGCUUUACCAAUUUGGCACAACAGAAUAAAGACGCAUUUUUUAACGCAAACCCAAAUUUCAAAUGGUACAAGUUGCCCGCUCCUCCACUACGCACCUUGAACACUCGCCCAGGCAAUACAAGCACGGAACCGGAAGACGACAUGAAAUCUUUGAUGAGCGCCGGUGCUGUGCUAGCAAAGUACACGAAGAGCGGCAACAAUCACCUUUUUAAACUAGCUGAUGAAGCACAAAUGGGUGAACUCAGUAAUCUGUUUAAUGGCGAAACCGACAACAACAACUGCAAUGCGAACCAGAAUGCAUUACAGAAGGCCUUGGGCGAGACAUCACAGUUUUUGAAUGAUUACAUGUCACCCACCAGCAGCACAGAGUGCGUGCAAUCGAACAAAAAUCGCCCCUUAAGUGAGAAUAGCUUCUCCAGUAAUGGGAGUGAAGAUGAUAUUUUGCCUAAGAAAACAUCAAGAGCAUGCAAAGGAAAGAUCUAUCAAGAACUUAUUAAUUCAGGGCAAAUUUCAGCGGUUUCAAAGAAAAUGAAAACACCCAAAUUACAAAGCAAUCUCAACGGUUACGCUCAUCACAUUGUGACUCCUUCGAGCACUUCUAACCCAACUUCGCUUGAUAGCACCAAUCAUUUCUCGUCCAUGUGUACGAUGUUAGUGACAUCUAGAAAUAAUAUUAAAAUAACUGAAACUUCCCCCGGUGAAGGUUUUCAAUCAAAUAACGAUCUGUCAAGUUUCGAUUUGGAAGACAAAAUUAAGGAAUUGCCAGCACUCAGUUUGGAUCUUUACUUACAGCGCAAGCGCAAUACGAAGAAAAAAAAGAAAUUCACAUCGAAGAAACGACAUUCAAACAAUGCAGUGAACAAUAAAAAUUCAGGGGCAAUAAAUAUAACACACGCACCAACCGUAUCGUGUCCGAACAGAAGUCGGGAAGCACCGUCGCAGCAGGCUGUUGGCAGUCAAAAACGUAAAGCGCGAAAAGAGAGCAUCACCAGACGCGACGUCACUGUGAUUGAGAAUGAAAUCGCGUCUGUUAUUCCAUUGCCUAAGAAUUUCAGUACCAUAAACGGCUGUUAUUACUUCAAUGCAUCACCAGAUGCCGCAAUAUCAAAAUGUCUGCCAUUUGGCGAAAUCGCAAACUCCACGGCUGCAGCGGGAGCAAACAAUCAGCGCACCAACGUCAACAUUUUUGGCAAUUUAUGCAAUGAUAAUUCGUCUACCUCAGACUUACUCAUUCUGGCCGAGGUCGCUGCCAAUCGCACCGAACUAACAAAUUAAACACCAAUCGGUUAUCACUGUACUAUCCACUAACACAACCAUAUAAGCACCAAAAAGAAAUUGUAUCUUAAAAAUGCAACCAACUUGUUGCAUUUUUUCACAUAUGCUUAGUUUGUAGAAGUAAUAAAAAUUGUUAUUGUUUUCAAAAGUUAUAUUUAAUACUAUUAGCAUAAAGUCGGAAAUAAAAUCUUAAUUAUAUUGUA